AUGGCUGACAUUCGCCCGCAAAAGAAUGUAUAUGAGCGACUCCGUAAAUCAGUCCAGCGCUUCGAAGCCCAUAUUCAAGGGCCGCUAAGAACCUGCAUUACCACGACCGAACAAACGAAAUUGCUCUACAAGCAUCGCAUCAUGCUCUCCUUUGAUUUCGAAGCAGCCGUCUCCCUGGAACACUGGGAUGAUGUCCCUCGCAUUGUGGACAGAGCGAAUCCAAUCGUCGAUGACAAACUCUGCUCAGUGUUCAUUGACUGUAUCCUCCGCUCUGCAGCUCCAGCAUCAAACAUAGUUCAGGUUGUCAAGGUCUGCAUGUCAACCUCUGAGCCAGUCCCUCUCCAGCCAAGAAUUCUAACAAAGCGUAGCACAUUAUAUCUAGCGAUGGACGCAUCAGACUUCCUGCUUGCCGAGUCUGUCCUCGAUCAAGCCAUUCUUCUAGCCAGUGACAGCUCGCACUCUCCAGACUCCGAGUCUGGUUACCCGCGAGAAGAACUCGAUUGGCUGGCAACUACUGCGUUUAAUCGAGCUGUAGACUUCUAUCUCGCCUCUGCGGACGAGGAUUGUCGACGGUGGGCGGAGAGUGCCUUUGCUUUGGCUGACCUAGUCAAGACUGAUGGCGGCGCGCUGGGGAGAUUGCUGCGGCACAACUUUGCGAAGCUCUCGUGA